UACUAUCUGUCGCCAGCCAUGUCGAUCGCAGCUGCAGCCUCCAGAAGUUGCACUGCGCUUCGCAGCCUCGCUGGUCCACCCAGUGCAUCCCCCGGCUCUGGCCAUGAACCGACGACCGUGAAGGCUGUCAUCAGGCCGGCAGCCGCGAUCGCACCACUGUCAAGCGGCUCCAACGGAUCCAACGGCUCAAACGGCCUGUCCUGGCUGCGCAGUCAGCCUCCCGCAGGCCGCCUCUCGCGCGAUCCCCGGCGGCGGAACCGCGCGGGGGCGUCGCGAGCAACCCGCAGCCCGGCAUCGACGAACGUGGUGGCUCUCUUCACAGGGAUCGUGGAGGAGAUGGGCGCGGUGCGGCAGCUGCAGCAGGGCGACGACGGCGGGUGGCAGCUGACCGUUGCCGCCUCCACCGUACUGCAAGACGUGCACUUGGGGGACAGCAUUGCAGUGAAUGGCACAUGUCUGACUGUCACCACAUUUGAUGACUCAUCCUUUGUAGUCGGCCUUGCGCCUGAGACGCUGCGGCGCACCAACUUGGGCGACUUGAAGGAGGGCUCGCCUGUCAACCUCGAGCGCUCCCUCCGGGCUGACAGCCGCCUGGGGGGGCACUUCGUGCAGGGGCAUGUGGAUGGCACAGGCAUUAUCAAGGGCAAGCGGCCGGAGGGCGAUUCCCUGUGGCUGACCGUGCAAUGCGACCCCUCGCUGCUCAAAUACAUCGUCCCCAAGGGCUACAUUGCCGUGGAUGGAACCAGCCUCACAGUCGUGGAGGUCAACGAUGAGGAGAGCUGGUUCACGUUCAUGCUAGUUGCAUACACGCAGCAGAAGAUUGUGGUGCCCGGCAAGGAGAUUGGCGAUAGAGUGAACCUCGAGGUGGACAUUGUUGGCAAAUACGUGGAAAGGGUUAUCGCGCCUGCAUACAAGUCUAGCCAAUAAAUUUCAAUAGUUGGCUCCUAAUGGGAAUUGAUGGCAACAAUUUAUUUUUUAUAGCAUAUAUUCCUAAGGUGUCUAUCUGUGUGCUA